AUGCGCAAGUUCAUGGCUUGCGUAGCACUGUUAGCAGUUAGCUGGUCAGCUAUGGUACGCGGCCCGGCUGUUCACAGUAGGUCGUCCAAUGAGGUUGCCCAAGUCGGCUAUGCUACGAUCGCCAAUUCUCCUGAAAGGAUCCAUAUCGGAGAUGAUGGUACGCUUCAUGUCCAUCUCUACGAUACACAAUGGUAUAGGGUUGACGGUGAUAUUAGAGACCCUAAAACUCAAGACAAGGUCCAAGAUUUGCUAAACCUAGAGGCCAAGCCCCAAUGGCGAUUGCAGAUCAACGAGAGCGACCACACCGCUUACUGGUAUAACCCGAGCAAACAAGUCAUCGCGUAUACCUUCAAACCAGAGCACUCACGGAUCUUUUUUGCGAAGCACAUCAACCGAUACUUCGGACAAGAGAUCGUCCCAGUCCCCCAACAAGACCCGGCUCGGCACGCAGAUUUCGGGAACCCUGCCUCCAGUUUGAAGGAGCCUAGCAAGUCACUAAAACUGGAUAAGAGGCUGACAUGCUCUGACGAGUUCUGUUAG